ACUGAUUUCUUGGCUUUGCUAGAAACAGGAGAGAAAGAAAGCCUUCUUACCGUCCUCUCCCUCCUCACAUAUUUCUCUGGUUUUUCUGUUCUUUGAAUUAUACUGACGAGUGACUUUAAUCCCAUCAUUCCUCAGAUUGUGAUUUUUUCUUCUCCCCGUACUUACAUUCGUAUCCUUGAAAAAGAAAUAAAGAAACCUUUUUUAGGAUUCCCCUUUUUCUGAAAAAGCAGGUAUCAUUUGAAGCUAAGGGCAAAUCCCCUGUGGCUAAAGCAGAUGGUGAAUCUGAAGUUGCUAACUGCAAACAAGUCUCUUCUUAAACCAGUAAGGUUGAGCUUCAGAAUACCAUAUUACACACAAUGGGGGCAUCACCUGUUAGUGUGUGGUUCGGAACCAUUCCUUGGUUCAUGGGAUGUGAAAAAGGGUCUGCUUUUAAGACCUUCUCAUCACGGGGACGAGCUCAUCUGGUCUGGAACCAUACCCGUUCCUCAGGGGUUCAAAUCUGAGUACAGUUAUUAUGUAGUGGAUGAUGAGAAAAAUGUGGUGAGAUGGGAGCUUGGAAAGAAGAGGAAACUGCUUCUGCCAUCUGAUCUACCCCUAGAUGGUCUCUUGGUAGAGCUUCGUGAUCUUUGGCAGACUGGUUCUGAUGAUAUUCCUUUCAAAAGUGCAUUUAAAAAUGUCAUCUCCCGCGGAAGUUGGAAUUUAGAUGUUGAAAUGCCCUUUGGGGUCAUUCAAAGCAAACUGGAUCAGCAAGAUUCGGCCAUCAUACAGUUCAGAAUAUGUUGCCCACAUAUAGAGGAAGGGACAUCUGUUUAUGUGAUUGGUAGCUCCUUAAAGCUGGGGGAAUGGAAGGUAACAAGUGGAGUUAAGCUGAAUUAUUCGGGUGACUCGUUUUGGCAAGCAGAUUGUUUGAUGGGAAAAGAUGACUUCCCUUUGAAGUACAAAUACUGUAAAUAUGGCGCGGGAGGAUCAAUUUCUUUGGAACAUGGUGCUAAUCGGGAGCUCUCCAUUGACUUCACAAUUAGUAGUCAACCAAAUUAUGUGAUCCUUUCAGAUGGAAUGAUGCGGGAAUUUCCUUGGCGGGGUGCGGGUGUUUCAAUCCCCAUGUUUUCUGUGAGAUCAGAGGCUGAUCUGGGAGUUGGAGAAUUUCUUGACCUCAAGUUGCUUGUUGAUUGGGCUGUUCAGUGUGGCUUUCAUUUGGUUCAGCUUUUGCCAAUUAAUGAUACAUCGGUGCAUAGGAUGUGGUGGGAUUCAUAUCCAUACAGUUCACUGUCAGUAUUUGCAUUGCACCCAAUUUACCUGAGGGUAGAUGCACUUUCAGAUAAUAUUUCAGAAGAUAUCAAGCAAGAGAUCAAACAAGCAAGAGUUCAGCUUGAUGCAAAGGCAGUUGAUUAUGAAGCUACACUGGCUACAAAACUUUCGAUUGCCAAGAAGAUUUUUAUGCUAGAGAAGGAAAAUAUAUUGAACUCAAGCUCCUUCCAAAAUUAUUUUACUGAAAAUCAGGAUUGGUUGAAGCCCUAUGCAGCGUUUUGUUUCCUCAGAGACUUUUUUGAAACAUCCGAUCACAGCCAGUGGGGCCGCUUUUCUCAGUUUUCAGAAGAGAAGCUCGAGAAACUUGUAUCAAAGGACAGCUUCAACUAUGAGAUAAUUUCCUUUUAUUACUAUCUCCAGUUCCAUUUGCAUAUGCAAUUACUAGAAGCUGCACAAUAUGCAAAAAGGAAAGGAGUGGUGCUGAAAGGGGACUUGCCCAUAGGUGUUUCCAGAGACAGUGUGGAUACUUGGGUCUAUCCAAAUUUGUUCCGCAUGAACACUUCUACUGGGGCACCGCCAGAUUAUUUUGAUAAAAACGGGCAGAAUUGGGGAUUCCCCACUUAUAAUUGGGAAGAAAUGUCCAAGGAUAACUAUGCUUGGUGGCGUUCUCGUUUAACCCAGAUGGGGAAGUACUUUACAGCUUAUAGGAUUGAUCAUAUAUUGGGUUUCUUUAGAAUAUGGGAGCUUCCUGAUCAUGCUGUGACUGGCCUCUGUGGGAAAUUUAGGCCAUCUAUGCCCAUUAGCCAGGAAGAGCUUGAGGCAGAAGGAUUAUGGGAUUUUGACCGCUUGUGUCAUCCAUAUAUUCGACUGGAGUCGCUAAAGGAAAAAUUUGAAUCUUCUUGGGCUAUUAUAGCUUCAAGUUUCCUAAAUGAGUAUAAAAAAGAUUUUUAUGAGUUUAAAGAGGAGUGCAAUACCGAGAAGACAAUCUUAUCCAAACUAAAGUUAUUGUUAGAGAAAUCCAUUCUUACAGAGAGUGAAGAAAAACUUCGUCGGGAUCUCUUUGAUCUCUUACAGGAAGUUGUCCUUAUCAAAGACCGAGAAGAUCCAAGAAAGUUUUAUCCUCGUUUCAAUCUUGAAGACACUUCGAGUUUUAAGGAUUUAGAUCAGCACAGUAAAAGUGUUGUGAAGAGACUGUAUUAUGAUUACUACUUCCACCGUCAAGAAAGUAUGUGGCGUCAAAAUGCUUUGAAGACUCUGCCUGUUCUUAUGAAUGCAUCUGAUAUGCUCACUUGUGGGGAAGAUCUUGGCAUGGUUCCGGCCUGUGUUGCUCCUGUCAUGCAAGAGCUGGGUUUAAUAGGAUUACGCAUUCAACGCAUGCCAAGUGAACCUGGAAGAGAAUUUGGCAUUCCUUCAGAAUACAACUAUAUGACGGUAUGUGCGCCAUCAUGUCAUGAUUGUUCCACACUGCGUGCUUGGUGGGAAGAAGAUGAAGGUAGGAGGCGUAGGUUUUUUCAAGUUGUGGUGGGGUCCGAUGCAUUGCCACCUGAUCAAUGUACUCCUGAGAUUGCCCACUUCAUCUUGCAGAAGCAUGUUGAGUCCCCAUCGAUGUGGUCCAUUUUCCCUCUCCAGGAUUUGCUCGCACUCAAGGAAGAUUACACAACUCGCCCUGCAUUUGAGGAGACUAUAAAUGAUCCAACAAAUCCAAGACACUAUUGGCGAUACCGUGUGCAUGUAACAAUGGAGUCCUUGAUCAAGGAUGAAUCUCUUAUAAGUAUCAUCAAAGAUCUCAUCAGUGGGAGCGGAAGAUCGUAUCCUAAAAAUGAGCUCGAUACAAAAGGGAUUGCACCACAGACAGGCAGUGAAGCAGAAAGAGUUCCCCUGGGAAAUGAUGUCUCCCAAAAAGCAGCAGUAGCAGUUAUGUGAAUUUCUAUGUUGGAAACCUUGCCAGUCCAGAAGGAUUCUUUACAAAAUAAAACAAAUAAUAAGAUAUUGCUUUCAAGAAAAGCAAAUGCUCUCAAACAACAAUUCUGUGAAAUUUCUUGGCCACCGUUCUAUGAUCAUGCAUUUCUUGUAACUAUUUUCAUUGUCAAGGGAGUAACAGAACAUUAGUAGCAGUAUAUGAAGCCUGCCAUUGAAUCAUCAUUAGUAUUUUCAGCGUAACAG